AUGUUGUCGCUGACUAGGCAACUGCUCUCCAAGCGUGGAGGCGCAGUCUUUGGCACAACCCUGCGACAGGCGUCCAAGUACAGCCGAAGCAAUGCCCUCUCUACAUUGGCUAUCCUAGAGCAGCGAGACGGCCAGCUGAUUCAAGGCUCGCUCAGUGCUGUUACAGCGGGCACCAAGCUUGGCGGCUCUGUUCACGCCUUUCUGGCCGGCAGCAGUGUUUCAACGGCGGCAGAGCAGGCUGCCAAAGUAAACGGGCUGGAAAAGAUCAUCACCGUAGAGAACGGUGCCUAUGACAAAGGCCUUCCAGAGAACUAUGCGCCAUUGUUGGUUGAGAACAUCAAGAAGGGCGGCUACACCCACGUCAUUGCCGGCCACACAGCUUUCGGCAAAAGCGUCCUACCGAGAGUUGCAGCCCUGCUUGACUCGCAGCAGAUUUCGGAUGUCACAGCUAUCGAAGACGAAAAGACAUUCGUCCGCCCCAUAUAUGCCGGAAACGCCAUAGCUACCGUCGAAUCUACCGAUGCCAUCAAGAUUCUCACCAUCCGUGGCACAGCCUUUCCCGCUGCAACCCCCGAACAGGCCUCUACCCCCAUCGAGAGCGGAGUGGAUGCCAAAUCAGAGGCUGCUUCAGAGUGGGUGUCUGAGGACUUGGCCAAGUCGGAUCGCCCAGAUCUUUCUACCGCUGGCAAGGUGGUCUCGGGAGGUCGUGGACUCAAGUCAAAGGAGGAAUUCGACAAGGUCAUGCUGCCUCUGGCUGAUGCGCUGGGUGCCGCCGUUGGCGCAUCACGAGCCGCUGUCGACAGCGGAUACGCAGACAACAGUCUCCAGGUUGGACAGACUGGAAAGGUUGUUGCCCCUCAGCUGUACAUGGCCGUUGGAAUCUCAGGCGCCAUCCAGCACUUGGCGGGCAUGAAGGAUAGCAAGGUCAUUGCGGCCAUCAACAAAGAUCCUGAUGCGCCCAUCUUCCAGAUCGCCGAUGUCGGACUCGUCGGUGACCUCUUCGAAAAGGUCCCGGAAUUAACAGAGAAGAUUAAGAGCUCUUAA